AUGGCGAUCUCGGUGGGACAAGAGGUGAAGAGGGUUUCCGGAGCGGUCCAGCUUAGAGCCGAGGAGCUCGCCAAGCUGGAGGCGCUGGUACUGCAAGAAGUAGCGCAAGAUCUUCAACCCGAAAGUUGGGAAGGGGUCAGCUACAGCCUCAUCACAGAGGCUCUGGUGGAGUUGGAUCUUGAAGGUCUGGAGCACGGGAGAGAUCCGAUUGCGGAGGAGGCGGAGAGCAACAUACUUCGGUUGGGUGAUUACCUCUCCUUGUGCCUGACUCUUGCCUACUAUCCAUCCGAUGGAGAUAAGGAGACCAACCGUCACCUAAGAGCGGAGCGGCGUUCGGUAAAAGAUAGGAUACUCGCUGAUGACCUGUCUCCCUAUGCGGUUGGCUUGGCUCAGUCAUAUCAUGAACGUUAUAUGAUGGCCAGGGUUGCUGCUCAGAGAGCGAAGGCUGAGCCGAAUUACGCAGUUGAGGAGAGGGUGAAAGUUGACGUCGUGGCCGGUGAGAAUAAGAGCCUAGCAGAGAAAGUGACCAGCGAGCUGACGGAGGAGCGCACCAAGAAGGUUCUGCCCCCAAUACGGCCCACGAACUGCUCGGAUAGCAUAAGGAAGGAUCUCACCGAAGAGGCUGUCGAGAAGAUCCGAAAGGCGGCCGAAGCCACGAAACCUCCUCCUGGAGGAGUCUUUACGGUUCGGGAGGGAAGCGGUCAGACCCUCUCGGAAUUCCGCGCCUACUUCCAGACCCUAUCUAACCAGCGAGCUUGGGGCGAUGUCCAUGCGUUCUUUUGGCUGUGUAAAUUCGUGGACACUUCUCUAUGGAUGAACAUAUCCCUAGCUCAGGGCCAGAAGAUUCUAUGUGAUCCCUUAUGCCGGUCUUCUUACACCGAUGCAGUGAAGGUCGUAUGGUCAGCCUUGGAGAGGCUCAGCGGACGCGAGAAGGAGAGGGAAUCCCUGUUGAGCGAAGGCCAGAGACUCGCACAACAGCCGGGAGAAGCCGUCAUGGCCUUCCUCUAUCGGGUCAACAGAUACAAGCAGAAGUGCGAGUUUGCAGGUGUUACUGCGGAUACUGCCCACUGGCUCUCCUUGGCCAGAGUAGGCAUGAGGGACGAGCUCUCGAAGAAGCUCAGUUAUUUGGUGAAUGUCGGGAAGCCGGAGGUAUCUUCGCUGUGUGGAGGCACACCAGGCGGUGGCCAGCUCUGA